GGUUCAGUCAUGGUUCUGGGUUUAAGGAAUUGGGUUGAUUGCUUUCAGUCGUCCAUCGGCUUGAAAAUCUUCACAUCCGCAGUACAAUCGUGUCGAAUGAGACGAUUCGAGUGUUCUCCUUUUGUUGUUGACCCAGUAUUCUACUACAAACUUUCUGCAGGUGGUGAGGAUCUUGCUGAAGAGCACAAAUGUAAUGACAUUCAGGGCUUGUGUGUCACGGGUUUUUCCACUCUCGAGUCGGUGGAUGUGUCGACCCAGUUGAGCAGUCGAUGGUUGCGCUCCUGAUUCUCUGAUUAUGUUGAGUUGGAAUGCAAUUUUAGAAGUGUAGUGCAUGUAUUUUAAUUUUUGUAGGAUAACUUCAUGUUUCCAGGAAUAUGGGUUCUGUUUGUUUGGUGCAAAUCACGCGCUCUUGCGUAUGCUUCACUGGUGAGAAGUGGGGGUCCUUGUGCAGGACGAGCCGAUGAUUGUGUUGUAAAUGAGUAGGUUUGUGGAGAGAGUAUGAUGUAGAAUUUUGAGCCAUGUCGAAGAAAGGAUUGUUUGGGCUGGCGAGCAAGGCCGGGGAUGUUGCCGCCAUUAAUUGGUAUCCGGGGCACAUGGCCUCGGCCACUAAGGCCAUUCGCGAGAGGAUUAAAGUGGUAGACCUGGUGGUCGAGGUUCGCGAUGCUCGGAUACCGUUAUCAUCGGCCAAUUCAGAAUUCCAAGACCUUUUGGAGCGCAAGAAACGUUUGAUUGUUUGUAACAAAAUGGAUCUUGCUAACCCCAAUAUGACACUUAAGUGGGAAUCACACUUUCAAAAACUCAACCAGCGCCUCGUGUUUGUAAACGCUCAUCAGACGAAAUCGGUUAGGAAGAUGCUGGAAGUCGCGUGGGACUUACUGAGGGAGAAGUUAGCAAAGGAGCCAACUUUGCUUUUGAUGAUUGUGGGCAUUCCAAAUGUGGGAAAAUCUGCUCUCAUAAACACCUUAUUUCGGCAUGCGCAUGCGAUAGCCAAAUCAGAGCAGGAGCACUUGAAGAAAGCCAAAGUUGGACCUCUACCAGGUGUUACCCAGCAUAUUUCUGGGUUUAAGAUCGGAGAAAAGCCAAGCGUCUAUGUCUUGGACACUCCUGGUGUUCUUGUUCCAAAUAUUGAUAACAUUGAUACGGGAUUAAAACUUGCCCUAACAGGAGCUGUGAAAGACUCAGUGGUAGGGGAGGAGCGGGUGGCCCGAUACCUACUGUCGGUCUUGAAUGCUCGCUCUAGUCACUUGCGAUGGACACCUGAAUUGUCUCAGGCUGAAUGUGAUACAUCUGAGAUUGGUGCAAAUGUGCGAAAUGUCAUCGCACAAACUUGCUUGAAGUUUGAUGGAAAUCUGGAGGAUAAAGAUGACAUGGAGAGUUUGGUCGACGAACAAAUGAUUACGAUUCGCAGAAUCUUCAAAGUUCCUUCUGAGGUCGGAGACGACGGUUGGAUAAGGGUCUCCAAGCAACUUCUUAAAUUGUUUAGAACUGGACGACUUGGUCGGUUCACAUUAGAUCCUGUUCCUGUAAUGACCUAAAACUUUGAAGUUUGAAAUCGAAUGAUUACGAAACUUUGCACUAUCA